AAAAAAAAAUCUUUGUUUUUGCAUUUACCAAGUCUCGAGCGUUCCCUCCCUCCCCCUCCCCCAUGAUGCUGAACCCCCCGAAACAAUUGACCCCGCUGGCAUCUCCAGGUGGCCCGCGAACGCGUCUGCCGGAGAUGCUUUCUGUUCCUCAGCAACGUUUAGUUCCUCGAGGCACUUUUAAAUGCACAAAUGCAUACCGAUUUUAGGUGUUCUCGAGGGACGCGAAUUCUCUAAGCACAUUUCCUUAGGGUCGUGAGUUCAGCAGCCAGUUUUCGGGGAAUCGUCCCAGUGAAAACAAUUGAUUUGUAAUACCUUUAGUGCCUACCUCCAAAAUAAAGAGAACAGCAGGACCAAAGAAGUAAACACUGUAGAGGCGUACUGAUGUGUUUGGAGGGAAAUGGGAGCAUAUACAAUAAUAGACGAGUAACGUCAUAUUUAAAGAAAAUUUUGGCUACUCCUGUGUGGAGAAGGAGAUUCUUAAGUGCAGCCAUAGUUGGAGUGUGUCAGAUUCCUGAUAUUCGAACAACUGACUUUUAAUACACUGCAACUUCAUCAACUCAACAAUGAAUUGGAAUACAAAACCAGAGACUGUCACCUUACCACCACAGUAUCCUAAAAGCCAAACCUCUUUUUUGGAGCAGGCUUUAAUAAACACACCAUCUCAAAGUUCUUUAAACUAUCUUGGAAGUAAUCAAGAAGCGUGCAUGUUUCUCAGUAAUGCAAAUCCAGUUUCACAGCCACUGCCCAACAUAAGAAAUUAUAAAACUCCUCAACAAAUCCCUAUUUCUGAUAUGCAUAGUGGGACAAUUGUGGCCUCACAAACUUCAGUAGAAAGAAUAACAUAUGCAAAUGUUAAAGGACCAAAACAACUGAAUCACAAUUUGCAAAUGUCUUCAGGAGUUACACAAAAUGUAUGGUUGAACUCACCAAUGCGGAAUUCUUUGCUUUCUCAUACAGGGGCAACUGUAUCUCAACAAACCAGUUUUGGAACUAAUACGCCCAAUGUACAUGCACUACAGAAUCAAUUUGUAACAUCGGAUACCUAUUCUAUGCAACUACAAAUGAUCCCUUCUAAUUCUGUAAGCGGUCCUGUAACUUAUCAGGGAAACCCAAGACUAAACCCAUCUUUAUCAGACCAACAGGUUGAUUGGGCACAACAACAGUAUACAUCUAAUGGACUGACUUAUCCGGAUUACAGACCACUUCCAAAGCAAUACAGUUAUUCAUCACAAAGCUUUAUGCAAGAUCCUACUCAGAAACAAAACCCUAUGCCAUCUACAUCAUUACAAGUUAAAAAUAGUCAUCCUCCAAAUUCUGCACUGACUUUACAGUCAAAGCAGACUGCAACUAUACAGUCAUAUCAAUAUGCAGUUUCUCAGACUGACAGAAGACCUCCUCCUCCUUAUGACUGUAGGUAUGCAAGCCAGCCGUUGCAAAGUACUCAGCAUGUUAUUAAACACUCUUUGGAAGUUCCUCAGAGUCAAGAAAUGCACUUACCUGAAAUGAGGAAAGACUUCUGUAGAGGCUUUCAACAGCAAUGGCAAAACCUUAAUGAUAAUGUCAGCAUGACUGGAAAUGUCUGUAACUUGAAAGUAAAUACCAACAUCAGUCAGCCUUUUAAUGGACCCAUUAGAUCUUCUGUAGAAGGUGUUCAGACUCUUCCUCAAAAUAAUCAUGAGAAAAGAGUGGAUUCUUGCAAUCUAACUUCAAGUCAAGUACUGGACACAAGUGUCACAAAAGAAAAGUUAGUGAGGGAUAUUAAAACAUUGGUAGAAAUAAAAAAGAAGUUUUCAGAACUUGCAAGGAAAAUUAAAAUUAAUAAAAGUCUUUUGAUGGCAGCAGGUUGUAUUAAAACAACAAAUACCCCAUAUAGUCAGUCAGCUCAAAAUUCUGAAUUGUCUUUGAAUCAAACUGCCAAAAUCCAGUCUGAACCACAGGUAACCCCAGUCACUCCAGAGACUGCAGAGGAUAAACUAGCACCAGCCAUGGAAUCUCUAGAGGAAACAAAUGUAACACACAGUACAUUGAAUUCCAACAUUCAGGACACCAAUUGCAGAAAUUUUAACCAAGUCAAUUCUGUUUUACAAAAUCCUGUCUGUUCAGAAAAGUUGCCAAUGCUGCCAAACCAGUUACACGAUUUGAAAGUUAUGACUUCUUUAAAGACAUCAGCUGUUGAGAUUACCCAGGCAACAUUAAAUAACACCCCGUUUUCAUCAGGAAAUUUUGUCAACGUUGAACAAAAUGUGCCAACAAAUUCUGGAACAACUUCUUUUCCUCAGUCUACGUCUUUUGAGGAAUAUGUUUCAAAGUAUCCAAAUAAAAAUAAGCUAAUUCUCAGUUUACUGGCACAUGGAGAUAAAACUCCAAAGAAAUCAUUAAAAGAUGCUAGUAAAACUAUUCAGGAUUCUAAACCACAUACUUUUGAAAGGAAUCCAAAUACCCGAAUCACUGGUAACCAACUGAAUUUGAAAACCAUGGAACCUCCAAGUACUUGUAAGAUAAAUCCCAAGAUUUCAGACAAUUCGUUUUGCCUUGAGCGUAAAUCCUCUACAAAUGGAGUGUCUUCUAAAAAUGACAGUCACUGUUCCAUGGAAUUGCUAGCAACGUGUCUUUCUCUGUGGAAAAAACAACCUUCACAACCUACAGAAGAACAGUGUAAUGGGUCAAGAACAUAUACAACAGCAGUUGGAAUUUCAAAGCCUGGGGAAAUCUGUGAUAAGAGUCCAUUUUCAGUUGUGGAAAAUUCUCCGAAUAAGACAGUAAACAGCUCACAAGAAACAACUUUGUCAAUGGUAGUACAGAAUUAUGAGUCUCUAGGUGCAACUAUUACAAAGGGAACAGAACUUCAGAUUGCUAUAGUGUCACCCUUAAUUCUUUCAGAUGUCAAAACGUUAUCUGUCAAAGAAAUAAAACCUGAAGCUCCACCUGAAACAGUGUAUCCAGUUAUUAAAGAAGGCAGUGUCUGUAGCUUACAAAAUCAGUUGGCAGAAAAUACUGGAGUUACUGCUGCUUUGAAAGUUAAUGAACCAGUAGCAAGUACUACAGCAAGCACCAAGAUUUUCCCACUAAUUCAGAAGGAAAAGCAAAAUGAGUCAACUAAUGGUAAUUCAGAAGGCGCACCUAAUACCACUCAAGGAAAGCAUAUCAAAUCAGAACCAGAUAUCCAUUAUCCUGUGAGUGAUCAGCAAGCCUCAUGUAACUCAAGGGACAAUGAUAUUGUGAGUGGUGAUACAUUACAGAUUGAUAAUAUUUGUUCUCUUGUUGAAGGUAAUACAUCAUUACAGAUUGAUAAUAUUUGUUCUCUUGUUGAAGGUAAUACAUCUUAUAAUUCCCAAAUAGCAAAGAUAUUCAACUCACCCCCUUUGAAAAAGGUUGAGCUACAGGAACCUUCUCUACCCAAUCACCAAGUGAUUAGUAGUAAACGACAAAAACAAUUGGACAACAUCACUGAAAAUAAAGACUUUGGUUUUCAAAAAGAUGAUUUUGUAGAGUGCACAGAUAUCUCACACAAAAUAACUGAUGAGUCAAAGUCACUUCAGCCCCCAGAAUCACCAUCUUUGAAGUAUGUUGAAGCAAAUAGUGGAAUUGUAGAGGAAAGCAAUCUGGAGCAAAUCACUGAAAAAGAAAGCAUGGCUAAUGGUAUGUGUUCAGUAGCUGCUAAUCAGCAGGAUAGUUCCCUGGAGGAAAUUGCUGUGUCCUGCGAUUACACUGCCCAAGAUCCUGCAAGAAAUGAGAUUCUUGAUGGUAAGACAUCCGGCUUAUACCUACAUGAUCAGCUGUCAGAACUUUUAAAAGAAUUUCCCUAUGGUAUUGAAGCUGUGAACACAUGUAAGGGCUCUGUGGCCCCAAAAUUAACAGACGAAAUCUCAAAAGAUCAAACUUGUGAUAAGACCGAUUGUAACUCCAAAGACUCAAUGGACUCAACAGACCAAAUACAAAUUAAAAUAUUAAGCUCAGAGGAAAUGAAACAAUUAUUUCCUGAACAGGAUGAUCAACGCUGUGAGGCAGACAAAUUGACAGAACCUCAGAAAGAGAAGGCUGUCAUGGAAGAAGGGAGCCGGUGUGACUCAGAAGCACUUACAGAUGGAGAAAGCUGUGAUUCUGUGAUAGUGGAUUCUGAGAAAGAUGACGUCCGUUGCUGUGCGUUGGGGUGGCUCUCUAUGGUUUAUGAAGGAAUUCCCCAGUGCCAGUGUAAUUCCAUCAAGAACCAGACUUCAGGGGAAGAAAAAGGGAAAGAUCAAUGUCCUCCUUUGGAGACCAACAGUUGUCAACAAGGAGAGAGGACCUCUGAUAGAGAUGUCCCUGUUGGAUUUACUAGUUCUCCAAGUAACAAGCCAAAGAUUCCUCUGAGUCUUCCAGAUGGGAAAAACCAUUUUCGUUUAACAGAAGAAGGCAAGAAUAUAAAAGAUGGAUCCCAAACAAAACAUAACAGCUCACUAAGGUCAGAACAAGAAGUAUCUAGUCAGUAUUUAUCUAAAGGUGAUAAAAAACUAGAUUUCUUGCAGAGUCACAAACGAAAAGCAAAACUGCAGUUUCAUGAGAUAACUUUUCACUCUGGUAAUAAAAUGACCAAGUUUUCUCAAGAGAGCCUGCAGAAGAGGCUCGUGGCACCAAACUCACGUCCACUAAAAGCAAAGACAUGUUUUUUGACAAAUAAAAACAAAGAUCUACACGUGAAGAACGGUUCGUUGGUACAGUCAGUAUCACCAGAAAAGAGAAAAUUGAAAGCAGGAGGCCCUACACAAAAAAUUUUGGAAAAAAGGAAGUUAGACGAAGGGAGUGUACAUGUUUCAGAGAUGAAGAGGAAGAAACAUGAUAAGCGAGAGCAGAACCGAAAUGUGGGAGGUGGUACAUUUAAGUUAUGUAAUUUUUUGUCAACCUCAAAUGAAAGAGCCAGGGUUAAAGAAAAGGCAGUAUCAAAUGUUAUGUCCUCAGGUUCCAAGGAUAGUUCCUCUAAAUUUAAUAGAGUUCUAACACAGAAGGAGUAUUUACAAAGGCAGAAGUAUAAAGAAACAGUGGGUAACAAAGCAUUAAAAAAAUAUGUGAAGAAUGUACCAUGUGAUUCUGAAUACGUGAGGUCCAGUAAACUUGCUGUGCGAGUAGGGAGUUGUGGGACAUCAAACGAUAGACAGAGUAGCAGCGUGCAGACCUCUAAAGAACCAAUCAAUAUUUAUGUAAACCAUGGUAAGAACAUAAAAAUCCACCACUCCGAGGAGUCUAAAACGAACGUUUCGAGGAAUGUUAAAGGAACAGUUGGUGGAAAGCAGCCUGAUAAAAUGUGGAUCGAUAAAACCAAAUUAGACAAAAACUUAACCAAUAUAAAUAAUGAUGUUGAAUUCAGCCAAAUGUCUCCCCAGUCAAAGGAUCAAAGGAAACUGUACCUGAACAGAGUUGCCUUUAAAUGUACUGAACGUGAGAGCAUUUGUCUCACAAAAUUAGAUGGUUCACCCAGGAAGCUUAAUAAAGAGAAGAGACCAGAAAAUAAACCUAAGAGCCUUUUGCUUGUGAAAGAUACCACAGAAAAAUCAAGAAUGCUGGAGUUUAAAUUAUGUCCAGAUGGGCUGAUAAAGAAUACAAACCCUGUUGAAGACCGGAAGGAUCUGCAGCCUUGUCCUGGGAAGGAGCAAGCCCCUGUGCAAGUUUCAGGAAUAAAAAGUACAAAAGAAGACUGGUUAAAAUGUGUAACUGAGGAGAAAAGGAUGCCGGAAGCCAACCAGGAAAUAGAUGAUAAUGUUUUGGGUAAUUCAAGAGUCUGCAAGAGAAGCUUCAGUGCAGAUGGAAUUGAGACACUACAAAACCCAGUAAAAGAUUCAAAAGCAAUGUUUCAAACCUACAAAAAGAUGUACAUGGAGAAGAGAAGCAGAAGCCUUUGUAGCAGUCCUAUAAAAUAAUUUUGAGACUUUAAUUCUUCUGAUGGUUCUGUAAUUGCCACCAGAAAAUUUCUCUUACCUUGUGUUCAGAAUAUUUUGCUGGAAAUAGGCAGAAUUGCCAUGAUAAAAUUUCUCAGAGAGUUUGGUUACCACUUAGGUUAUGUAUAUCAUUGAAAUUACUUAAUUAAAAUGGCUUGAGAACCUUAUGUGUGGGUAGCAGACGUAAGAAAUAGUGAUAUUUGUCAGGGAAACCAUAAGGUAUUGAAUUUUUACAUUAUUGAACCAAGUUUACUAUUAAUAGAAUAAGUUCUUACACAAAUCUUAUUUUGAAAUGCUAACUGUCCAUCCUGAGGGAGGACUGUUCCUCAUUUCAGGACUUGUUUGUUUUUGCUGGGACUGUAAAUAUAUUUUUAUUUCUAAAACUUAUUAGCAAAACUUAUUUUUUAAAAUGCUCACUGUGAAUGUCAAAGUAUAUUCUUAAGUAUUUUAUACCUAAUUGUGAACUUUUUGUCAGAAGUCUUGUUCUAUACUUGUUAAACUGAACAUGAAUUUUGGAUAUUGUUUAAACAUUACUUUUCAUACUUGAAAUAAACAUUUAUUUUUUAAUAAAAUA